UCUUCCAGCGGAGAGAAGAAGAGGAACAGCAGCUGUAGAAUGUCGGCCACUCACUUCAACAGGGGCCCUGCCUAUGGACUCAGCGCAGAGGUCAAGAACAAGCUUGCUUCAAAAUAUGAUCCACACCUAGAGGCAGAUCUCAGAGAAUGGAUAGAAUCAGUCACUGGGAGGAAAAUCGGAGAGAAGUUCAUGGAUUCCUUAAAAGAUGGAGUUAUCCUUUGCGAGUUAAUUAAUAAACUGUAUCCUGGAUCCGUUCGGAAGAUCAAUGAUUCUCCACAAAACUGGCAUCAGCUGGAAAACAUUGGGAACUUUAUUAAAGCUAUAUCAGAUUACGGUAUCAGACCCGAUGAUAUAUUUGAAGCAAACGACCUGUUUGAGAACACCAACUUUUCACAGGUUCAAUCCACUCUUGUGGCGUUAGCUAGUGUGGCCAAAGCAAAAGGUAACAAGGUGAAUUUUGGCGUGAAGUACGCAGACCGGCAGGAGCGGAGGUUCCAGCCUGAAAAACUCAGAGAAGGAAGAAAUAUUAUUGGUCUUCAGAUGGGCACCAACAAGUUUGCCAGCCAAAAAGGAAUGACCUCUUAUGGGACCCGCAGACACCUGUAUGACCCCAAAAUGGGCAAUGAACAGCCCUUGGACCAGGCUACCAUCAGUCUACAAAUGGGCACCAACAAAUGGGCUUCCCAGGCUGGUAUGACUGCUCCAGGAACCAAACGUCAGAUCUUUGAACAGAAACUUGGCAUGGAGCACUGUGACACCCAGACAAUUCCUUUGCAAAUGGGCUCAAACAAGGGGGCAUCUCAGCAGGGCAUGACUGUGUAUGGGCUCCCACGCCAAGUCUAUGAUUCAAAAUACUGCUUGGAUAGCAACUUAUAUGGUGAAGAUGGGCACUAUGACGGCAGCCAGUAUUACAACUCUGAAUAAUGCAGGCACCCAUGUAACCCCUAUACUGCCCCCUUCUGUGCCAGUGCAUUAUUGCCACUCUGGCACAGAAUAUGGUUUAAUGCCAUCUGUUCUGUGCCAUUGUGUGCUUACUAUCCUGGCAAAAAGUGGUUAAUGCCCUCCCUUCAGUGUCAGUGUUUACUAGCUGUUAUCACUGGGAAAAAGAUUUAUGAGCCCCCCUCUUUGUCACUGUAAGCCCAAUGCUUUUGCAGAGAAUUGACCAUAUUAUGCAUUUUCCAUGCCAGGUAGUGCCCACUCCUUUAGCAUACAAAAUAGUUGAUAUGGCCAACUCAAUGCCUUGGCAGAGAAGGGGUAAAUUAUGCCUGCUGUGUGCUCAUCAAUCUGGCAAAAAAGAUGUUAAUGUUUCCUAGUUGAUACCAUCCUACUUUGGUAUUGAAUAGGUUAUUGCUUCAUAUUCUGUGCCAGGCUAUGCAUGCUGCUUCGGCAGUACAGGGGUUAACCUAUCCCCUAAUCCCCCUAUUCCUGACACUACUUUCUGGAGACUGACUGGGAAUUUGCUGUGUCUGCAAAGCGUCGCUCCUUUAUAGCAGGAGGGUAAUCCUGUAGGACAUUGUUACUGGCUCUUUAAAGCUGGUGACAGAUUAGAUAAUAUUACUAAACUCAUGAAAGCCUACAAACCAUUUCAUCUUUUGCACAAGAGGAAAUCUAUAGUCUAUUUUUUUUUUGUCUGAUCACUUCCAUACCUUCACAAUCACACAGAACCAUACAUUUACUAAAAAUCUAAAGAACUAUCCAGCAAGAAAAAUCUGUCAAAUUCUUAUCCUAGGUAGGUGACUCAAAGUAUGUCCAACCCAUAGCAUAGAAAAUUGGACAAAGUGUAUCACUGAAGGGCUCUUUGAAGGUUUAGUGAUUCUAGAGGAGAGAGCAUUGCUUCCAUACCACACAAUAAUAUAGAUGUGACUGAAUAGGCCUACCCUAUCUUCAACUAUAAAUCACGUUCAAAAUCUGGCAUCUGAGGUUAGCAGAUAUAUCAAUUUAGACCCACUGGUUAAUAUAUGGGGGCUGCAGAUCUUCAGCUCUUAAUAUUAAUUAUUGAAAGCCUGCAGAGCAUUGCUCCCAGCUGCUGAGAUGGCCUGCAUCACUAAACGUACAUGGAAUAUAUACCUGGAUGUUUUUACUAAAGGACCUUGGGAUGAUGGAGAGAGUAAUUUGAAAAGAAAAAGCAGAAUGGGGAGGGGGGAGUUAAUGGUGUGAUGCUCUGCAGGUGACAGUCUUCAAGCAUAUAUCAAUACAUUGCUGAAAUUAAACUUUUUUCUUGGAAGAGAUUACAGGAAUGAUGCUCUGACAUAAAAGUGAACUGAGCGAUGCUCUGCAAGAUUAUUCAGUAGUUGGGUGGGUGAAUGGAGCAAUGCUCUACACGUUUUGGCAGGCUGGGGGAUAAUACUCUGCAGAAGAUCAGUAUAAUUAACACAUGCUGGCCCCUGUGGAGGGUGCGACGCUCUGUAGCUCGAGUUUGCCUGUCUUUGCUUGCGCACGCCCCUCCCCCCCCUGCCGUCACAGUGCCGCAGUUUAGAGAGAAACUCGACAACACUGCAUGCCCGCUCUGUCAAGGAAAUGACUGCAAAUAUAUUUCUAUAUAUAUUUCUAAA